CAGAUGCAUAUCAUCGCGUACUACUCUGUUCGUUCCUCUCCUUAUUUCGCACAUGCAGAGGCAUUUCCUCUCCUCCGACUCCGAAAAUCGUACUGCGAGCUCUGCUCGCCGCCGGCCGUACGGCCACCACCAGUGAGCAGCCAGGGGCAUCUCCUCCGAGCACGCGUUGCAACUUUCAGAGGAGCAUAACCAGGAGCCAAGAUAAACGGUUGCGAUGGACAGGAUAUUGGUGAGUGCUUCCACAGGCGCGAUGAACUCCGUCUUGGGUAAGCUGGCCAAUCUCAUGGGGGAGGAGUUCGCCAAGCUCAAAAACCUCCGGAAAGAGGUCAAGUUCGUCAGCGAUGAACUUGCCGGCAUGAAGGAUGCACUUGAGGGGCUUUCUUAUCUGGAUGAGCUAGAUCCACAAACCAAGAGAUGGAGAGACAUCGUCAGGGAGAUGUCGUACGACAUCGAGGAAAUCAUUGAUGACUUUAUGCAAAACAUUGGAGGCACCGACAAAAGUGAUGGGUUCGUCAGCAGCACGAUUCGACGCCUCAAAACUUUGACGGCUCGACAUCGAAUUGCUCGACAAAUCGAGGACGUAAAGAAACUUGUUCUCGAGACAAGUGCACGGCGUCACAGGUAUAAGAUUGAUACCUCCUCAUCAAGCAAUGUGGCCAUUGACCCACGUGUUGCCACGCUCUAUGAAAACGCAGCUAACCUUGUUGGUGUUGAAGAGCCAACGAAUGAGCUUAUUAACUUGCUAAGUGAAGGGGAGAAGAAGUUGAAAGUGGUAUCUAUUGUGGGAUUCGGAGGUCUAGGCAAAACAACACUUGCCAAUGUGGUAUAUGGUAAGCUCAAGGGUGAAUUUAGCAGCUGUACUGCUUUUGUGCUAGUGUCUCAAAAGCCAGACAUCCCAAAACUUCUUCGUGGUUUACUAUCACAACUUGGGGUAGAACCAUCUAUUCACGCAUGCGAGUCACAUCUUAUCGACAUGCUCAGGGAACAUCUAAAAGAUGAGAGGUACUUGAUUGUAAUUGAUGAUAUAUGGGAUGUAUCAGCCUGGGAUAUUAUCAAAUGUGCUUUUCCAGAAAAUAAUCUUGGGAGCAGAGUAAUAACUACUACUAGAAUUCAGGUGGUGGCUAAGGCAUGUUGUUUCCAUGGACAUGAUCACAUUUUAGAAAUGAAGCCCCUCAACGACAAAGACUCGAUAAGACUAUUUUUUGGCAGGAUAUUUGGUUCUGAGGAAGCUUGCCCUCGCCAUCUUAGAGAUGUUUCGGUUGAAAUUCUUAAAAAAUGUGGUGGUUUGCCUCUUGCAAUUGUUACUAUAUCCAGCAUGCUAGCCAGCAAAGAUUCCAUCCAAAAGGAAAGGUGGGAACAUGUAAGGAGUUGUUUAGGCUCAUUAACAAAUCUCACGUUGGAAGGAGUUAGGCAAAUCUUAAACCUUAGCUACAGAGAUCUUCCACUUCAUCUACAACAAUUGAUCCCUUGAAUCUCUUAGCCGUGUGCGGUGCCCCCCUCCAUCAUAGUCCACCUCGAUAAUAUCAUAGUGGUGCUUAGGCGAAGCCCUGCGUCGGUAGAAUAUCAUCAUCGUCAUCACGCCGUCGUGCUGACGGAACUCUCCCUCAAAGCUCGGCUGGAUCGG